UAUUACUCCCCGUAAAAUCAAAUUCACAUCAUUAUUUCGCUUCACAGUAUCUUGGGGCAUUUUAGUGAAAAACAAGAAACAAAUGGCAUUUAAGCAAAAUAAUCCACGAACCUAAAAAAAGCAAAAAAGCAUAGAGGCAUUUGUCCGAAUUUAGUAGGCGUUUGGCUAUAGGUAUCAAAAAUAAAUUUACUUUUUUUUUGUAAUUUUUGAAGUUGAAGUUGGAGUUGUGUUUGAUCAUAAUUUUUGAAAUUAUAAUUUUUAAUGAAAUGUAGUUGUAAAAAAGUAAAAAAAAUAUUUUUUUUUAAACUUUUGGUAUUCCAAAAUACAACUGCAAGUUGUUUUCGAAAUAUUUAUGGCCAAACGAAAAAGUGAAAAUAUUUUUCGAAAAAAAGUGAAUAAUUUUUAUGACCAAACGGCACCUUAAUCUUUCUCUCUGUCUCUAUAGUGUCAGAAAUCCUGUUUGGUCUGCCCUUUCUCAAAGGUCUGUUUGUUUGUGUGAGAAAAAAAAAAAAGUACAUAGGAAAAUUAAGAAGAAAAAGAAAUGGGAUGCUUUCUUUGUUGUGGAAAAUCAAAGAAGAAGCAAGAAAUUGGCAAGUCUAAUGAUCAGAUCCCAUCCUCAUUAGAAAAAUUGAAGGUAAAUACUUCACAGGAUGAAAAAAAGGACAGCUCCAGAAAUGGUGGAUCUGGACAUAUAGCGGGACAUACAUUUACAUUUCGCGAAUUAGCUUCUGCCACCAAAAAUUUUAGGGCAGAUUGUCUCUUGGGAGAAGGAGGCUUUGGUAGAGUAUAUAAAGGCCGGUUAGAGAGAACUAAUCAGAUCGUGGCCAUAAAGCAACUCGACCAAAAUGGAUUGCAAGGAAAUAGGGAAUUCCUUGUUGAGGUCCUGAUGUUAAGCCUACUUCACCAUCCAUACCUUGUCAAUUUGAUUGGAUAUUGUGCUGAUGGAGAUCAGAGACUUCUAGUUUAUGAGUUCAUGCCGUUAGGAUCACUGGAAGAUCAUUUACAUGAGCUUUCACCCGAUAAAAGACGACUAGACUGGAAUACAAGAAUGAAAAUAGCUGCCGGUGCUGCCAAGGGCCUGGAGUACUUGCACGAUAAAGCGAAUCCCCCUGUUAUAUACAGAGAUUUAAAAUGUUCUAAUAUAUUGCUGGAUGAAGAUUACAAUCCCAAGCUAUCUGAUUUUGGGUUGGCCAAGUUGGGUCCUAUAGGCGACAAGACCCAUGUUUCCACCAGAGUCAUGGGAACCUAUGGUUAUUGUGCACCAGAAUAUGCAAUGACGGGCCAGCUUACACUUAAAUCUGAUGUUUACAGUUUUGGAGUAGUCCUUCUAGAAAUUAUUACAGGUAGAAGGGCAAUUGACACAUCAAGAGCUGCUGGAGAGCAGAAUCUGGUUGCAUGGGCUCGACCAUUGUUCAAAGACCGUAGAAAGUUCUCACAAAUGGCAGAUCCAGUGCUUCAAGGUGAGUAUCCAGUUAGAGGGUUGUAUCAAGCUCUUGCUGUAGCUGCAAUGUGUGUCCAGGAGCAGCCCAACAUGCGCCCUCUCAUAGCAGACGUGGUUGCUGCCCUAAACUAUCUUGCUUCGCAGAGGUACGACCCUGCAACUCAGCCACCCCAAAGGCCGAGAACAAGAAGGGACUUGUGAUUGUUGCAGUGGAUUAGACAUUGGAAUUUGACAACUACAUGGUUCUUGAGUAUUAGGAUAGAUGUAAUUUCCAUGAUGUUGUGGUCAUGCAGUUGGCUGUUUCUUUUGCUCCAAAGAGAUGAUGCCUAUUUAUUGCAGCAGAUGGUUGUCAUUUCACUGUCAGUAUAUAAAUCCUUCUUCCUGUUUUACAGAAGAGAAGCAUGUUGAAAAGAGAAUAGGUUGAAAUCCCUGGAAAAAAGAAGAAAAAACCUACCACUUCUUGACUUUGCUUUUAGUUUUCUCUUAGGAAUUCUUUUUAGGUUCUUUUAUUUUCUUUCUCUUUUUAACUUUUAGAUUAUGUAAAUUAGAGAGCCAAUUGGCACUGAUGAAAGCUUGUAUGCAGUAUCCUCUCAGAUGAUAUUCUUAUCUUCUUUUAUAGAAAAGCAGGAAAAAAACUGGUAUUGCCUGUUCAA